AUGGCUCGUUUGAAAGCAGAGGAGGAGAGAGUUGAACGAGCCAGACUUGAAGAAAUGGCUCGUUUGAAAGCAGAGGAGGAGAGAGUUGAGAGAGCAAGGCAAGCAGAGAUUGUUCAUCUCAAGGAAGAAGAGAGAAUCAGAGCAGAGGAAGAAGCCAAUCAAGGCUUGGAGCACUUCUCUAGCUCUGACGAAGAAGAAAACCAGGAACAUUUUGAUGAUGUUACUGGGUCCAAUACAUCAAGUGACGAGAGUGAGGAGGGUGAAGACGCAGAAGAAGAAGCAGAAGAGGGAGAAGGUGCAACAGUUGCUCUGCCUAAGGGUAAGCCAGAGCAGCCAGGGGUAAAUAAGCACAUCCGUUUCGACAGCCCAACUCCCAGUGCAAAUGAAUCAUCUGACGCCGGUGGUCGAGACACCGAAGUCAUUGAAACAGAGAUUGUGUAUGGGAUAUUCUUUGACCUGCCCCUCAACUACUCUUUGAUACUUUACACGGAGUUCAAGGCUGUAGUUGUGAAAAAGUCCCAUGAGCACAUGAUCAACGUCUCAGGCCUUCCUGUGCAGAAGGUUAACGUACUUUCUGCAUACAAACCCAUUGUACAUAAGGAUUGCUAUUCAGCUGAGAAGCCCAUUCUAAUGAAACUGAUGACCUACAUGAAGACACAUGAGAGUGAAGAGGCAGAAAGGCCAGUAGAGCAAGUGAGAAUUGAGAGUGAGAAGGAGCAGAAGAGGAAGAGGGAAAAGGCUAAACAAAUGAGGGAUAGGGAGGAAAAGAAAAUGAGAGAGAUGGAAGAAAGAGAGAGGCAGGAGCGAGAGGAGCGAGCAAGAAAGGAGGAGGAAAUGAGAAGAUUGGAAGAUGAAGCUAUGCAUGAAACAAAACUGUCUUCAAGUUCUGAUGUAGAGGAAUCCGAGGAAGAGCAAGAGCAUAGAGAUGCUGGAAGCUCUUCCUCAUCCGAUAGUGAAGAGAAUGAUGAGGGAGAAGGUGUAGCAGCUGCUCUACCUCAAGGCGAGCUAGAGCAGCCUAGGGUAAAUAGGCACAUACGAUUCAAUACCCCAACUCCCAGUGCAAACACAUCAUCUGAUUUCGGUGAUCGAGAGACGAAGGAAUUGACGGUGCAAAAUGCAAAGGCCCUGCAAAAUGUCAUAGCAUCCAUGAAGAAGGAUGAAGUUUCUACUUCUCAUGACUCCCAGGCGAUGAUCCCUCUCAACGUAACUAUCGAUUAUGUCACUCAAAACGCAAUAAAUGCUCUGGGUGACAGACUUCUACAGAAGGUGGCAUCUUUUAGUUCUGAGUUCAACAGCAAAGCCACAGAAGUAGCAGAGUCAAUAACGAGUUCUCUAGUUGGCUUCAACUACUGCUAUGACUUUGAGAUUCGACGAGUUGGAGACGCAGUAGAAGAUCUACUUAAAAUGUAUGAGGCGAAACUCAUGUCCAUGCCUCAUGCACAGGAGCAGAGACAAAAAAAAAUGGAUGCCACUUUGUGUGCAGAGGCGUCCAAAAGAAGAAGACUUGACGAUGAAGAGGACCCAGACCUGUUUGAUCCUCAAAAUCGUCAAGAGGGGGAGAGGCAUUCAACAGCUGCUCCAAGUACCCUUCCUAGGGCUGCCACCUCUGCCUCUGUUCUACGCCAACAAGCGCCAGCAUCAUCAAGGCAGAGAUCUCAAGAUGCGCAAGCACAUGCAGACGCAAUAAGGAAAGGGAAGUUGCCCGCGGCACUCUCGUAG